AACGGUCAUACUAACCGCAAUCGUUACAUCCCUACAAUGAAGUAUGCUCAACGUGACUUUCCAGUUCUAGCAUUUUGCUACGUCACCCAUGAUUUUUAACAUCUCCUGCUCACUAUUUGAUCAGAUUGUCAAAAUGCAGGACAUUUUUACCCAAACGUGGAUGAAACAUGCUGCAUGUAUUUCCAGCAUGAUAACUGACUAUUACUUGAGCAAAAAACAUGCGAGCAAAGUACGCCGGUACAUGAGCAUUCAUGGUAAUGAGGAGCCCAUCGCAAAACGGUUCAAGCCUUCAGGUGAUAUAAGUAAUGUCGAGGAAGGGGACAAAUACAAAGCCUGCAAUGUGUGCAACAUGACAUUCUCUUCCCCGGUAGUGGCACAGUCCCAUUACCAGGGCAAAGUUCACUCCAAGAACCUUCGCUUGAAGACCUUCGGUCAGCAGACUCCUGCAUUACCUCAGCCCAAAGCACAGGUGAAGAAGGAUGAAGGGCUACUUGAAGGUGGUGGGCAGGGGCCAGCAAAUCGGGACCCCAACCUCUUCUGCUCCAUCUGUCAAUCUUCCUUCAACAAUCCCCUCAUGGCUCAGCAGCACUACAGUGGCAAGAAACAUAAAAAACACCUGACUAAACAGAAGCUGAUGGAAAAUUAUUGAAUGUAAUUUUUAUCAGCCUCCACACUGAAGGGCUACCCAUGUACUGUGUGCAACAUUGAGCUGAACUCCGUGGAGCAGUACCAAGCCCACAUCAGCGGUUCCAAACACAAGAACCAUGUCAAACUCAAGAAGGGGCCAAAUGCAUUUGCCGGCCCCCCUGAGAACUACCAGCCCGAUUUCCUGUUUCCACCCAACCAGGAAGGACCAGAGGACGCAGGGGACUGGGACAGCUUCAACGUGGGCUAUGAGUGAGAAGACGCUGUCAGCCGUCGCUGUCCUCUGCUCAUUUGUGACAAGCUUCCUCUGUUUAGGCACAGGUCAAUGUGUGUCUGCACUGUGCAUCUCCUAAUGCCAGCUUUUCACCACACUACAUCUCUUUCGGUCUAUUUUUGAUGCUCUCACACACGGUUGAGGGACCACAAUAGACUUCCACAGCAUCCC